UCAUGAAAAUCAUUCAUUCAUUUCCUUUCAAGCGGAUAGUUAGAGUUCUCAAGGCAUCUUAUGAUUUUCGUUUCAGUAUAAACCUUAUCUACCUCACACGAGAUAGCGGGUUUGGCUGGAUACGCAGUUCUGGUUGGUCAGUAUUUUGGUAAAAGAAGCAAAAACUAGAAUGUUAGGACUACUGGCAUGCUUAUUACAUCAAUUAGAGUAAAAAUUGAUACAUACAAGUAGAGUUGGGGGAAAAUGAACAUCUUCAGGGCAACUACAGGAAUUGAGGGGAUGGUGUUUGGGGUUCCACAAACGGUUAUGAGAAACAACUUGCUUUGCCCGCAAAAGAGCACGAAAAGUGUAGCUGGAGCAUUCCGGUCUCAAUUCAAUCAGCCCUUGAGCUCGCUCGAUGAAGAGAGGCUUUUGGGAUGUGCUAUACGGCUUAGGGCUAUAAAAUUCUUUGAUCCUGUAAUUGCCAAGAAAUAUUUUGCUGGGCAUCUUGAAAAGGGUGAAGAUGUUGCUCUUAAAGUUGUGGAAUGCUGUAAUAACCAAACAAAAGUUAGUGCAAACUUGUCAUCUACAUGGUUGGCACAAUGGAAGCAUCAAAUGGAGAUCCCGGAGUUGGAAAAUCAAGCCAGAUCAAGGACGGUCUCCUCCAAGGGCGAUCAAGCAAGGACAAGGGCAACCUCCUCCAGCCUAGCAUCGACAAGGACGACCUUCUUUGGACUAACGUCAUCAAGGGCGACUUCUCCAAUCCAGUAUUCCAAGGCGAGGAAUUUUGGCAAGACAUUUGAUGAACUGGAGCUUCUCAUAAAUGACAUUUGCUUUGUUCCUCCUGCAAGUAGGAUAAAGGCUGCAUCUUGGGUGUGUUUUGCAAAAGGGCCAAGGCCAAGGAAACCCCGAAUAUGGAAAACAAGGACAAGGAUAGGUACUGUAUCGAAAUCAGAAAAACUUGUUCAACAUAUAAAGGCAUUGUCCAAUGUUAAGGAAGAAGUUUAUGCUGCACUGGAUUCUUUCAUUGCAUGGGAGGUGGAAUUUCCUCUUAUUACUGUAAAGAAGGCUUUGAAAACACUUCAAGCAGAGAAGGAAUGGAAGCGAAUAAUUCAGGUAACGAAGUGGAUGCUGAGCAAGGGUCAAGGCAAAACCAUGGGAAACCACUACUUAUUAUUGGAUGCUCUUGCUCAAGAGCAAAGAAUAGAAGAAGCUGAGGAACUUUGGAAUCAAAUUUUCAAAAGGCAUCUAGAAUAUGUUCCUAGGAUGUUUUUCACUCGUGUCAUCACCAUGUAUGAGCAAAACAACAUGCCUGAUAAGUUGAUUGAGGUUUUUGCUGAUAUGGAAGAGCUUGGGGUCAAACCAGACCAUUUAUCUAUUACUAUAGUUGCCAGUACUUUCAAGAAUUUAGGUAUGUUAGACAAGUAUGAGAAAGUUUUGAAGAAAUAUCCCGAAACAGACUGGAAGCCCUUCUAUCGCAAUGGCAAGCCCUCUCCAGUUUCAGGGCACAAACCACAAAACUAUGGGGAGGCUAUAGUAGAACAGAACCACAGUAGUUCGAAUGGCACAGAGAGAGAUGAAUCUUCUACAGAUGAUUUUCCUACUGCUGAGGAUAGAGAACAUCGAAAUGAAAUGUCUGAGUCACUUGACAAGAGAGAUGAGAGACAUUGUACUAGAAUACCGAUCUCAAUUGACAAUUUUCAAAAGCAGUGAAGGAGCAGACACUCUGAUAUUUUGCAUCAAAUGUUUAUCAGUCAGGAUCUAAGCUGCUGUUCAGUUUUUAAUUCCUUGUUUCUGGAAUAUUGUGUUUAGUCCAUGUGUUGUAUUAUAAGAAUUAUAUGUUGUAUUUACCAUUUUAUGCACAGGGUUUUAUCGUAACAUUUUGAAGGUUUAAUGAUCCUUCACUCGUGUAACUGAUAUAUGGCAUGCUACAAUGAUUCUUGUAAUUGUAUAUGAAUAUUGGUUAUUCCAUUGGCCUAGAGAUGUUAAAGACUGGGGGUAAAGCAUUACUGUAAUUAUAUAUAGAUAUUUGGCUAUGCAAUCAGAGAUUAAACCUUUUAAUGAUUGUAAGAUAGAGCAUCAUGCUUUACACUGAUUUUUUAUGUCUACAAGGUUGCUGUUAUGUUUC